UGGCUUGACGCUAACCUUAAGCCUGAUCAGGCUGUCUUAGGGUUCUCAUACUGUGGUUGGGCCUGGAAACUCAAAGACCCCAAGGAUAAUGGCUAUGAUGCACCCACCGAUGGAGCGGCGAUAACACCCGACGGUUCUGUGACCUAUGAUGAGAUAAAUAAAUAUAUUGUGGAUAGCGGAGCAGCGACAUAUCAUGAUCCGGCGGUGGUCGGAUUUUAUUGCCACGACAGAACCACGUGGAUCGGGUAUGAUGAUAAUCAGAGUAUUGUGUCCAAAGUGAAGUAUGCUAAGCAAAAUGGUCUGCUUGGUUACUUCUCGUGGCAUCUUGGAGCUGACAAAGACGGCGGUCUCUCUCGUGCAG